GCUCCCCUUAAAAAAAAAAAAAACUGUCGCCUGCUGCUGCGGAUGCUGCUUGGGCUCUGCUCCGCCCUGCGCUCGCGUGCCCUCCUCCUCCCCCUGACCCCGCCGCCUCGUACGCGUACGGCCACCCUUCGCCGCCACACUUGGCCGCGGGCCACCUCCUCCUUGUCAUCUCCGCCGCCGCCGGAGAUGGAGGCCUCGACGUACAAGUUCGGGCCCUACAGGAUCGACGCGAGGGAGGUCUUCCACGCCACGCCCCUCUCCUACGCCAUGGUCAACCUACGCCCCCUCCUCCCUGGUCAUGUCCUUGUGUGCCCCAAGCGUGAAGUGAAACGCUUUACUGAUCUAAGCACUGGCGAGACAAGUGAUUUAUGGGUCACUGCAAAGGAAGUUGGUGUACGGCUUGAGCAGUACCACAAAGCUUCUUCGCUUACAUUUGCAAUUCAGGAUGGUCCUCAAGCUGGCCAAACAGUUCCGCAUGUCCACAUCCAUGUGAUCCCCAGGAGGAAGGGAGAUUUUGAAAAUAAUGAUGAAAUAUAUGACGCGAUUGAUGUGAAAGAAAAAGAAUUGAAGGAAAAGCUCGAUCUGGAUGUUCAAAGAAAAGAUAGGACCAUGGAAGAAAUGAGUCAUGAAGCUAACGAGUACCGUGCUCUUUUCUCCUAGAUGUAUUUCUUACAAACUGUUUUCUAAUUUUUCACUCAGUGUUUUCACUGAAAUAGACUUCUGGACUGUUUGUUCUGCAUUGUUUUUCGAGAGUGUAGCAAUGGAUAUUUUAUUUUCCACUGACCUGGUGAUGUCGAGUCUUAACUGAUGAGUCUGAGGUAGUGGGUUACUUAUGUAGUACUUAUGUGAUAAUAGUUGUUCCUCUCAAGUUAUGGCCUUAUGGAUAUUGAUGGUUUUAGGUUUAUUGAUCGCAAACAUGCAUGAAAAAACACAGGAGUCCGAGCCUUACAAUGCCUGCCUUGUUUGUUUGCAAGGUUUAAUACAUGAAAAAAGUAUUGUGGGCAAAUUAUUUA